AUGGCUUCUACAUUUGCCUACCGACGACAGGAGGUAGUCAACCAAGAACCCGCCAUAAAGGACUUCAAGGAUAGAUGGCCUGCAUUGUUCUGUCAAAAAGAGAUUAAUGCAGAGUUCCAGAGGCUCAUGGCAGUCCCUCUUGAAGAAAAAUUCAUGGCCCAGUUAGACCUGCACUCAAGUCAGCUCAUCAGAGUCGUCCGUUCUAAAGGAGGAACAACCCGGCAAAAGACUGCUCACAUUAUUGAAACUUUGGACCAGACAGAGGACAUUCAUCUUCGGAGGGAAUCGGUUCUGAAAGCACUCAUCAUCUUUCUGGGGGAAGAUCCAGAUGAUCUGAUCAAGGAAUAUUUUGACUCGACUGCAGAUGAUGCACAGAAGGACCUGGAGCAGCUCACCAUGGGAGUGUUUGUGAUACGAAAGGAAGGGGAAGGACCACAGGAGCCAGCUGAAAAGAUAGGCAUCGUCAUUGAGGGAGUGGAGGUCUUGAAUGAACUUAAUUCAGUUGCUUCUGCUUGUGCCCUGCUUCUGGGUUUGAUAUAUGAACUCAAUCUGGCUUAUCCAAAAUGUCUCCAUUUCACUUUUGAAGUGCUUCAGAAAAUUAUCAUGGAGCUUGACAAGCACAAGAUGUCCCCCAAAGUUCAGAACCUCUUUUGCAGGCUUAAAAGCUCAGAGUGAUGACAUUCUGCAAAUGCAUUGCUCCUCUGGACCAAACUUUUUUUCCCCCCCCAAUUCAAAAUUUCUUUUGGGGAACUAAAGGAAGACAAUGAUAUUAAAACAAGAGUAUUUAAAUGUAAAAUGGAGUCUGUUGUUGGGCUGUUGGACGUUCUUUGUUUGUUGAGCUGGCCUCAAACCACAAUUUGAAAUACAUCUCUGGUUUUACACAAGGUUUUCUCAAGACAUGUUUUAUUGUAUUUGUAUGGAACUUUUUUUUAUUUCAGUUUUAUAUCAAUGUUCAAAAAGUUAAGCGUACACAGCUUCUUUAGAUCAGUUGUUAAAGCUCAAACUAAGGAGCCACUGUGGUUUAUGUGGAAAAACUUCAGGUAGGGAAGGACAUACUUUACAGUA